UAUAAAGGUCCGGCAAAGCUGGAGUGGAAGACAGCAUCGAACAACCCUCUCUACCUCCAUCAUCUCAUCGCAUAACAGCAAUCCCAUCUCCAUGUCUCACGGAAAGCAGUUCACUCUCUACACCCACAAGGGCGGGCCCAACGGGUGGAAGGUCGCGUUCUUCCUGAGCGAGCUCGGCCUGACCUACGAGUCCAUCUACCUCGACUUCGACAAGAAGGAGCAAAAGUCUUCCCCGCACAUCGACCUGAACCCCAACGGGCGCAUUCCCACCAUCAUCGACCACAAGAACGGCGACUUCGUGCUCUGGGAGUCCAACGCCAUCCUAACCUACCUCGCCGACAAGUACGACCCCGAGCACAAGUUCAGCGCCAGCGCUGAGGAGGAUAAGUACAAGCAGCUGCAGUGGCUCUUCUUCCAGUCCUCCGGGCAGGGCCCGUACUUCGGGCAGGCCGCCUGGUUCACGUGGUACCACCCCGAGAAGGUGCCCUCCGCGGUCGAGCGCUACCAGAACGAGAUCAAGCGCGUCCUGGGCGUCCUCGACGGGCAGCUCGCAACGCGGGAGUGGCUCGUCGGGGGCAAGUACUCUAUCGCGGACUUGUCGUUCAUCUCCUGGACAAACGUCGGCGUGAACGCGCUCCUGCAGGACUACGACCUGUCGAAGGAGAACCCGCACGUCGAUGCGUGGCUUAAGAAGAUGCUCGCCCGGCCGGCUAUCCAGAAGGUCUACGCUGAGAAGGACGCGCUCGCCAAGCAGUAG